UAUAAUAUAAAAAUAUUUGGAGUAUUUCUUUAACAUUUAUUUAUUUAUUAAGAACAUAUACAUGCACAUAGAUUAUGUAUAUAUUAUUUAUUCAUUUAUAUUAUUUUAACAAGACCUCAUCUCACUAUAAUAUGGCCUAAUUAAUAAAAAGUUUGAGACAUGACUCAUCGUUCUCUAACAGGUAAGUUCAUAUUAGAGUUAUCAUUUAUUAGAUCAUGAAGUUUCACCGUGAAUAUUCUGCACGUCAGAUCAAAGAGCAAAUGAGAUUUAGACCUUCUAAAAAUACCAGUGUGUUCAUAGUAAGACAACACGUUUCUAGUUGUAAGUGGAUUACAUCAGUUUACUUGUGAGGAGAAUGCAGCACAGCACGUUCACCUCAGUUAUCGUGGCCAUUUUCAUACGAUCAACAUUGUGAGUUUUAGACAGAGAUGGGUCAAAUUCAAAGCGAUGAAGAUAUGGAAGUGGAGCUAGCAGACAUCCAGCCUCUUUAUACCAAAUUCAUGAGAGAGUGCCCAAGUGGAGCCCUGCAUCUUCAUGAAUUCCGCAAGAUCUUCGGAGUUCAGAGCACAUCAGAAGAUGAGGCUUUGUACAUGGAAACCCUCUUCAAAUCUAUUGACACAAACAGAGAUGAUGUUAUAGACUUUAUGGAAUUUGUAGCGGCCGUCCACCUGGUUCUCAGAGGAAAACUGGAGGACAGACUGAAAUGGUCUUUUAAAGUCUACGACAGAGAUGACAAUGGAAAGUUGGACAGACAAGAAGUCAAACGUGUUAUAAAGGUAAUUUGCCAACUUAAGAAAAGCCACAUCAACAUGACACCCAGCGCCAUUUGCGAUAGGAUAUUCGAACUUUUGGAUGAAAACAAAGAUGGUCAAAUAUCACUGUCAGAGUUCAUGGAAGGGGCACAAAAAGAUGCCUGGAUUAUGGACCUCUUAAAACUGGACACUAACGCACGGGGCUGGUUCAGGGAAAACUGGGGGAAAAAAACAUGAGUUUUCAAUAAGGUCAAGGCCCAUGGGCCAAAACCUGCAUGACCUUUUACAAUCCUUCAAAUGUUGGAGGCUGCAAACGGUAGAGACCUGGUAUGGAGGUCAGAAAAUAUUUGCCUUCUGUCAUGAGCAAGUACGUGCCUCGUCAUACACUGAGCACUUGAUGUUCAACCAGUCUGCAGAUGUAAAAGCGGCUCACAUUUUCUUCUUGGUGUGGUGCUGAUACUGAUAUUUAAUUACCCAAAAAUGACAUUAAAAGCAUGAAUCAUAUGUUUAUAGAGGGAACUAUAAUUAUGGUCUGCAGUCAGCUUUACUAUUUAACCAAUUUGUAUCCUUUGUAUGUAAGAAGCGGUUUUUUUGUAUUAUUAUUUAUUUCAUAGACUAUUCAGGCCUAUGCAGGCCUUGUAAUAUUAUGUUACAUAAAUUAAUAUAAUUAUCAACAUUUAUUUUUAUAUAUUAUUUAAUUGUCUUCACAGUAUUAUUACAGUGGUGAUUAUUUUAUACCAAUAAAAUAUACAGUGUGUCUAAAUUAUUCAUUUGUUCAUACAUCUGUAAUUUUACUAUUUAACCCAAUUCAUUUUUAUGUAAGAAACAAUGUUCUUUUUCUCACAAUUAUGCUAUAAUCAGAUUAUAUUCAUAUUUAUUAUAAUAAUUUUAUUAUCAUAAUAAUUUAUAAUUAAAUAAAAUAAAAUACAAACUGAUUGUGACAUAAUACAGUAUUAAAAUGAAUUAUUAUAUAAAAUUAUUAGUGGCGAAAAUUUCAUAUACAAUGUGUACUUUAUAUGUUUGUUUGUUUGUUUGUUUGUUUGUCUGUUUAACUAAUAACUUACAACUUUUAAUGCCUAUGGAAGAUUCUUCCUUUUAUAUACUGUAUAUACAGUGUGUGUGUGUGUGUGUGUGUGUGUGUGUAUAUAUAUAUAUAUA